AUGUCGACGAAGAAAGAAAAGGUCGAGGAAGAGAAGACGCGCGUGUUUACACCACCGAGGCAGACGACAAAUGGCUGCUGGCUGCCAGGUCCAGGUGCUCAGGUGGACGCUUUCACCAGCACAUCAGUUCGUGCGCGGACAGAAACUGAAGGUCGACCUGCGUGGUGGUGCAAGGUCGACAAGCUCGUUGUGUUCGACGGUGUUGACGCUGACAGCGAGGGAGACAUGAAGAUCCACACCCGCACUAGCAAAGGUCUCAGCAUUGCACGUCGACGCGGCGAUAUGGAGACGAUUGUCAUUCCGAUGAACUGUGCACACUGUCAGGAGAUGUUGAACCGACAUGAGUGGAAGUACGACAUGCGCGUAUGUAAGAGAAGUGUAUGCUGGGAUUGCAAAGAGAGGUGCAAGUGGGAACUGGAACAAGAGCAGCUUGUUCAUGAAGAGACAGCAGCCAAGGCGGAUGGCAACAGAUAUCGCGCGGACAGUGUCUUGCAAGACGAAGAGCCAGAAGAAGAGCAUAUGAUGCAAAAGAUUGGUAUUGAGCAAGAACGGUCGAUGAGCCCGAUCGAGGCAAUAGGUGGAAUUGAAGAAAGACUAGAAAGUAGGACGGUGGUCGCUUGAGACAGAAGUAACGUGAU